AAGGAAAGAUACCCCUCCUGAUGUCAUGGAAUGAGCCACCAGGAAAGUUGUGGAUGAAAAGAAAUCAUUAUGGGAUGUUGCCAAAGAUUUCGAGGUGAAUUUCAUGACGCUGCAGAGAUACCGCAAGAAACUAAGGACAGAGGGGAAAAUAGCCAGUGUUGGAUGUGCUUCUCCGCGUGCAGUUUUUACCAAGGAUCAAGAAGACUUGCUUGACCUACAUCCUUAAAGCUGCUAAAAUUUACCAUGGUCUGACUGCUUCUGACAUUCGAAACCUUGCUUACGACUAUGCGAAGGCCAAUGAAAUUAAGUACCCAUAUUCCUGGUCUUCUAAUGAAUGCGCUGGCGUUAACUGGUUCUCAAAGUUUAUGAUGCGAAAUUCCAAACUCUCCAUCCGAACCCCAGAAGCUACAAUGGACAAGUUUUUCGAUAAUCUGACAGAGGUGCUUGACCGUUACAAGUUUGAGAGCCAUGACAUCUACAACUGUGAUGAGACGGGUGUCACAACAGUGCAACGACCAAAUCGAAAAGCGGCAGAGAAAGGAGUGAAACAAGUAGGAGCGAUGACUUCCGCUGAGAGAGGGACACUGGUGAGAGUCUGCCUUGCAGUAAAUGCCAACGGUUAUUCAAUGCUAGUGUUCCCUAGAGUCCACUUCCGUGAAUACUUCAUUGCUAAUGAUCCAACAAGUUGCUGCGGAUCAGCAAAUCCAAGUGAAUGGAUGAAGGGGGGAGAUUUUCUUAAAUUUCUGGAACACUUCGUGAAGCAUACUCGUAGCAGCAAAGAGCUACUUGACAAACACAACUCCCAUAUCUCUUUGGCUAUCAUUGAUUUCUGCCGAAACAAUGGUAUUCUUCUGCUAUCAUUCCCCCCACACUGCUCACAAAAGCUACAGCUACUCGAUCGGAGUGUCUAUGGUUCUCUUAAGAAAUACGUGAAUAGGGCAUGUGAUGGAUAGAUGAAAUCGCACCAGGUAAAACGAUGACCAUUUACGACGUCCCGGCGAUCUUGAAGGAAGCCCUUCCACAUGAGUGCACACUAGUCAACAUCCAGUUUGCAGGAUUUACAUAAAAUUGCUGAGGAGGUCAUAUUGCCUGAGGAAGUGAGAUUAUGAGUGGUGGUGGA